AUGCCAUCCCAUCCAGAAUCUCUAAAUGAAUUAUUAUUAAAACAAUACGAAACAACAAGUGUUACAUCAUUUAGAAUUUUCCUGGUGCUUUUCGCUCAAUCAAUUAAUGAUAAUGGUUCAAUAAGGUCAUCAAAAUAUGAUGAACUUGCUGGAGAUGUAUCAUCUAUUGUAAAAGGAAUAAAAGUUAAUUUUUUUAUUUUUAAACAUGAGGAUGAUGUACGAUUGCAAUAA